AUGUUUCUUUGCCCUUCUACUUUGCAAUGCAUACCCAAUUCUUGGCUGUGUGAUUCUGAAGUGGAUUGUAAAGAAGGAGAAGAUGAAAAGAAUUGCGAUGAUCAGCCAACACAAUGCAAACCCGGCGAAUAUGCCUGUCGAACAACAGAGCAUGGAGUUAGAACUGAAACUUUAAAUCCUUGGCUAACACAUUUGGGCCCAAUUGGACUUUAUAAACAUUCUUGUAUUCCAAAAGAAUGGCGUUGUGAUGGAGAACCUGACUGCUUGUACAAGGAUGAUGAGGAGAACUGUCCAAAGAUUAAAUGUGACGAAAAUCAUUUUGAAUGCAAGGGCUUUGACAAUUUGUUGAUAUCUUGCAUUCCCAAAGAGUGGGUCUGUGAUGGGCAGACUGAUUGUUUGGAUAUGAAGGACGAGGCAAACUGUACUGACACACCAAAAGAUAUUUGUGACCAUCAAACCGAAUUUAGGUGUAAUGAUGGCCAGUGUAUCUACAAACAUUGGCGUUGUGAUGGUGAUCAUGAUUGUAGGGAUCAAAGCGAUGAGACAGAUUGUAAAGAAGCAGCAUGUGAAGGCAUCGGAAAAUUCAAAUGUAAAUCCAACAAUUUUUGUAUCGAUUCAAGAUGGAGGUGUGAUGGUGAGCCUGACUGUCCUGAUCAUUCUGAUGAAGCUGAUUGCAAAUCGGACAAGUUACACCCAUAUCUUCACCCAUUAAACUGCACUGCCCAUGAAUUUAAAUGCGAAAGUGGUGUUCAAUGUAUCAGUAAAUUCUGGCUUUGUGAUGGAGAUCAUGAUUGCUUUGAUGGAAGUGAUGAAUUUAAUUGUGUUAAAAGCAAAUGUCCGGCCAAACAAAAAGUUUGCAAAGAUGGUCAAUGUAUUGACGAAAAUCUUUGGUGUGAUGGAACAGAAGAUUGUCAUGAUGGUUCUGAUGAGAAAAAUUGUACUUCGCCAAUUAAAUUGUCAACGCAAACUUGUGACUCCAAUACAGAGUAUACCUGUCCGGAAAGUCCGACACGGUGCAUUAAACUACAAGAUUUGUGUAAAAAGAAUUUGGAUUCGAAUGACUGCACGAAAUCUGUUUGUAAAGAGCAAAUAGUUAUUUGCAAAGAGAAUAGCAAUGCUUGUUCAUGUCGGAAUACAGGAGUUGGUACUGGGAAGAUUUGUCAUUGCAAUAGCGGUUAUCAAUUGAAUGGGGAUGUUUGCAUAGAUAUAAAUGAGUGUGAUCAAGUGGGAACUUGCGAUCAACUUUGCCGAAAUAUACCAGGUAGCUAUGAAUGUGAUUGCUAUCCAGGCUACAGACUUGCUGUUCCAACCAAAAAUAUGGACAAACCUGUCCCGCAUAAAUGUCGUGCUCGGGGAUCAGAUCCGUUGUUACUCCUGUCAAAUCGUGCAGCAAUUCGGCAAUAUGACAUUGUUACCAACAAAUAUCAUCCAUUGAUAAACAAACUUGAAUCCGCUGUUGCACUUGAUUAUUGGCACAAUAACAAGACUUUGGUUUGGUCUGAUGUUAGCAAAGAACAGAUUGUCAUUUGCUCAGGCAUAAAUGGUUUGGGAGAUCUCGCAACCUUUGAAAGUAUUAACAAUGCCUGUAAUGGACCAAAUUUGACUAGAAUUACUGAGGAUGUAACUACUCCGGAUGGUCUCGCGAUUGAUUGGGUUCAUGGACUUAUCUUUUGGACAGAUACAGGGACUGACACCAUAAAUGUAUAUGAUUUAAAAAACAAGAAACGGACUACAAUUAUCAACGGUGAUGGUUUGGACGAACCUAGAGCAAUAGCCGUAGAUCCCUCUGCUGGAUUAAUUUUCUGGACGGAUUGGGGUGAAACCGCACGAAUUGAAAGAGCUGGAAUGGAUGGAAAGAAUCGGAUGGUAAUAAUUAAAGGCAACACAAUUCGUUGGCCAAAUGGUUUGGCAAUUGACAUUUUGGACAAGAGAAUUUAUUGGGCAGAUGCUAAAACAAAACAAAUUAGCAGCAGUGAUUAUUGGGGAAAUAAUAUUCGAACAAUUUUACAUUCACAUCAAUAUUUGCGUCAUCCUUUCUCCUUGGCAGUUUUUGAAGAACGUCUUUAUUGGACUGAUUGGGAUCAAGAAGGUGUCCUUUCUGUUAACAAAUUUCAUGGAGGAGAAGUUAAAAAGUUAAUGAGUGGAGUUACUGGCCCAAUGACUGUACGUGUAUAUCAUGAACAAGCUCAGCCUAAGCAUGAAAAUAAAUGUAAACUUAGCGGUUGUCAACAUAUUUGUUUACCUAAAGCUUUAUACAAAGGCGAAUCGAAAGAUCGUGAAACUCCUUUAAAAGAACUUCCAUUUUCUUGUGCCUGUGAACGUGGUUUCCAGAUUGACAUUGGAAAUUCCUCUCUCUGUGUUCCUCUCAAUCCACUUGGAAUUAUUGCUGAUGCGGCGAGUGAAUCAUUCAAACACAUUAAAGAUGAUGGAAGUAUAAGUAUGGGUACUUACUUCUUUGGAUUGUUGAUUAUUUUUGCUGCUUUUGCCUUGUUAUAUACCUAUCAACACAGACGUCCACGCCAUUUUGCUGUCCUACACUUCGACAAUCCAAUUUAUCGACGUACUGUUGAGGCAGAUUUAGAUGCUGACUUGGAAAAUGUUCCAGAUAAUUCUAUUGGGCCAAUUUCAAUUUUGCAUAUGUCUGGAAAUUCGUCGAAUUUAAAUGAUUCCCACAAUAGCCGUCAACAAUCAACAACGGCACUGGACCCUCAAUCCAAACUUGUUUUGAAAGUACCAGUUCAGAAAAGAGAGGAGGAAGGCAGUGUAAAUAUUUCUAAUUCUAUCAACAUGAACGAUUCAAGUGAAUAUGGAUAUGAGCAAUUACCUGCUCCUAAAUUUUAA